GGCCGUGAGGAGAGCCUGGUGAGCCGACCCUGGGCCCAUCGGAGACCAAGGAGGGGCCCCCAGCUCCUGGAGUUGCGGGGGGCAGGCACAGAGCCAGGAGGCCUGGCUGUCCUCACCUGGGCUCCCUCCCACCUAAGCUGUCGCUGCCCUGGCUGGCAGUGCAGCAGCUUCUGCCCCCACCCCAGUGCCCAUCACUGUGUUCACUGCCGGCCCCCCACCCAGUGAUGUCAGGAGAAGAAGUGUACUUUGUGUGUGUGUGUGUUUGUGGUUAAGUAUACAUGACAUAAAUUUACCAUUUUUAAGCGCAGGGCUCAGCGGCAUUAAGCACAUUCACACUGUCAUGUAACUGUCACCAGAACGUUCUCAUCUUCCCAAACUGACACUCUGUGCCCAACAAACACUGACUCCCCAUCCCCCUCCCCAGCCCCUGGCACCCACCCUCCUUCUUUUUGUCUCUAUGACCUUGACUCUUCUAAGUGCCUCAUGGAAGUAGCAUCAUAUGUUUUCUUUUUGUGUCUGGCUUUUUUUCACUCAACAUAAUGUCCUCAAGGUUCAUGCACGUUGUAACAUGUGUCAGGAUUUCCUUCCUUCUUAAGGCUGAAUAAUGUUCCUUGUGUGGAUGGACUAUGUUUUGUGUCUGCGUCCAUCCUGUCGGCGGACACCUGUACUGUUCCUGCUUCUCGGCUGCUGUGGACAUUAGUGUACAAGUACCUGUCCCAGCCCUCUUUUCAGUCCUUUUGGGUAUAUACCCAGAAUCAGAAAAUCCUGGAUCACACGGAACCUCCAAGUUGAUUUCCUCGUGUGUCUUCUGAUGGCUGUACCAGAGGCUCCCUGCAGCGUUGGUCCGUGUCCUCAUGUUGGGUGGUGGAGUGGGUCAUUGUGGCGCUUUGUCGUCAUGCAUCAUUGAGACUAGGUCCUCUCCCCACAGCCGGAAAGGCCCAGACCCAGGGCCGCCGUCCACUUGGACACCACUGCCCACAAAGCCUGUCCAGGGCCUGGGACCCACACAGGCCCCUGCUCCGGCACGUUCGACAUCGCACCUGUUUUCAUCUGUGUUUGUGAGCUAAGGUCACCCCUGUGUCAGUAAUGCUCCAGGGUCAGCUGAUUGCAGAGGACUCUUCCAUCUGGGUCUGUGGCCAUCCCUGCCGUGUGUAAGCAUUGAUCUAAACAGAUCACCUCUGCCCUGAAGGACAGAGCGGGACAUCCUCACUCUGAUGCUGUGGGUGGUGCCACUCCUGGCUUUGUCCUUUCCAGUCUCAUGGGAACCUGUUUUCUGGCCUCCCUAGAAUUAGUUCCUGAAAGAUGAGGCCAGCCCUGCCAGCUCUGCCGUGCCUGUGGGGCUCUUGAAGCCUCUCUCCCCUCCUUGGGUUGCAGCCGAUUUAGAGCGUGUGUCCUGUGGGCUAUUCAGACAAGUGCCCUCGUGGGUGUGGGAAGGGAGGGGAGACAGCCCAGUGUGGCCGGGAGUACAUGUGAACUGCCUCUGCAGAGCAGCUCCAGGCCUGAUGUUGGGCUGGGCCAUGACUGUCAUGGACCCCUCGUCUGCACCCCACCCCCAUGUCACCAGCCCACUGCCCUCCAUAUUGGGGCACCCAUCCCUCCAGACGUGGCAGCUCUCCCCGCAUCAUAUCCCACUGCCAUGUCCCCCCAGGCACUGCCCAUCAUGAUCCCCCAGGCGCCCUUGGGUUUGACCUGCCUUCCAGGCUGCAUACCUGCCCACCCACAGGUGCCGCACCCUCCUGGGGUCACCCCUGGGGGGUCCCGGCCUCUGCACCGCACCCCCCACCACGCCUGAGGUUGCCCAGCACUUGGAACCUCCAUAUUUUGCCGACACGAUGAAAGUCCCGAAUCAGGGGACCUGGAGUUCAUGGGACGGGGGUGUCCUGGGUGGGCCUGACCUCAUUUGGGCGGCCCGCAGAGGGACCAGCCCCUCCUCAGGGAGUAAGCUGCUGCCCUUGGAGGGGCCCGUGGCCAGAGCUUGAGGGCGGCCUCCAGGAGGCGAGUGACCUCGGCACACGGCAGGCGAGACCAGGGGCCCCAGUCACAUGGCUUCAAGGAACUGACCCCUGCAACAGCAGAGACCCCGCCGACCAGCACCUGUGUCACCCCGGGGCUGAGCACCCGGCUGAGAUGAUGGGUGGGCGUUGCUUUAAGCUGCCGCAUUUGUGUAGAUGUUUGGCUGCAUAGAAGACCAGCAUACUCCCGUCAGGAUGGCGCUGUCAUGGCUGUCACGUCACCACCCUCUUUGUCAAAAUAUCAUUUAGACCCACAGGCUGAUGCUUUUACUGGCUCCACCUGGAGGGACUGCUGGGCCAGCUGUUGCCCUUUGGGGUGGCUUCCAUGGAGGUUGUCACUACUGGACACUUCAUUGGACCCUGGCCUGUGCAUCCGUCACUGCUGCCAAACACCCCCCGGCGGUGUGCAGAUCCCUCCCCUGACUGUGCCCAGACCCACCCCUCAAAUGAUGACAGACCCUUUCCAUGACUGUGCCCAGUUGGACUUGGAAGUGAGGAGUGAGGGGCUUCCUCUCGCUUGGAGCCUCCACGUGGUACCAUCAUGCCCACCAGCAGUUCGGCUAAACAGUGACUCUGAUGAAAGCAACCCAGCGCUUCAGGCUCCUAGCAAUUAGCAAACACCUCGCUUCUUGUCUACAAAUGGGCAGUUGGAGUAAGAGGACAGAGGCACUGCUCUUUCGCUUUGUUAUUUUCCCUAAGUUUUCCUUUCUGGAGUCUUCACAAGAAUGGGAACCAGAAGCCACAGCACCGGCCUGGUUCGGGCUCAGCCUCCCGUCCCCUGCGACUGCAGGGGUCAGGCGAGCGGGCAGGCUCAUCCUGGCCGCCAACAGGGACGAGUUCUACCACCGGCCUUCCAGGGCCGCGGACUUCUGGGGGAACAACAACGAGGUCCUCAGCGGGCUGGACAUGGAGGAAGGCAAGGAAGGCGGCACGUGGCUGGGCAUCAACACGCGGGGCAAGCUGGCGGCACUUACCAACUACCUGCAGCCACGGCUGGACCGGGACGCCCGGGGCCGAGGUGAACUCGUGGCCCAGUUUCUGACCUCAGACGUGGAUAGCUUGUCCUACCUGAAGAAGGUCUCCGCAGAGGGCCACCUGUACAACGGCUUCAACCUCAUAGCGGCCGACCUAAGCACAGAGAAGGGAGAUGUCAUUUGCUACUAUGGAAACCGGGGGGAGCGUGAGCCUGUUGUCCUGGCGCCAGGGACCUACGGGCUAAGCAACGCGCUGCUGGAGACGCCCUGGAGGAAGCUGUGCUUCGGGAAGCGGCUCUUCCUGGAGGCCGUGGAGCGAGGCCAGGCACUCCCCAAGGACGCCCUGGCCGCCCAGCUCCUGGACGUGCUCAACAACGAAGAGGCGCAGCUGCCGGACCCGGCCAUCGAGGACCAGGGCAGGGAGUACGUGCAGCCCAUACUUAGCAAGUAUGCGGCUGUGUGUGUGCGCUGCCCGGACUACGGCACCAGAACCAACACAGUCAUCCUUGUGGAUGCAGAUGGGCACGUGACCUUCACAGAGCGAAGCAUGCUGGGCACGGACCCCUCUUGCUGGGAGACCAGCACCCACGAGUUCAGGCUGCAGAGCUAACCCCCACCCGGGUGUGGCCGGGGCUCCCGGGAGGCCCUGUCACAGGUACUGCCUGUGACUCGGCCAGCGUCCCCCAGGGCCAGAGCCCUCUGAUGUGUGUGAACUGUUUGCAUCCCCACGUCAAGCUCGGGGUCCAGCCUUGUGCCAGUGGAAAUGACGGAGGCCCAUGGCCAGGUGUGCGGCAGGCCCAGGUGUGCCGUGCCUCCCCCUGCCCACGCACAGAAGCUCACACAAGGCACACGUGACACCCAUCAUGCACGCGUGCACACGUUACAGGCAGUAGACGUGUGCACACGUGCUCAGAUAUGCACACGCUCCAGGCAUGCACCCCCCAUGCGAGCCAGACACGCAGAGCUGUGCCUCUCAACACCCACACGUGCUUCUGGCCAGUGAGUCUUGCUGUGAUCCCGACAACAAGAGUGGAUGUCUGUUUCAAAGUGGCCCCUCCUCUUCUGGGCGUAGCCAGUUCCUGACCACCAGCCCUGCUCUUGGAGAGGACACGGGCCACAUUUGAAUGAGGAAAACCUCCUCCAUAGCACAGGCACAGGCCGCUGGGUGGGUCCGGUGGUUCUGUGGGUGCCGGGGGGUCCUGUGUGUGGAGCUAUCCUGUGAGGGGGCAUCCAUGUGCACUGGGCCGCCUCGGCAGGCUCUCAGGCCUCCACCUGUGCAGGGGGGUCAUGGGUUCCGGGCAGGCCCAUCUCAGGGAGGGGACACAGCUGCCCCUGCCAUUUCCCUUCUCCUAGGGAGUUAAACUUCAUAAGACUCUGUACUUGAAUGUGAGACACUGAUAAUAAAACUCUUGAGGCCGUUGUGA